UUCACAUAAACCUGUCUGAUGUUUCCCCAAUUAUUUCACACUUUAUUCAACACACUAGUGAUGGGCACGGCAGUUCUUUUACAUGUACUAAACCACUAGAAUCAGGUCACUAAAAAGAUUCGUUCACCAAAUCACCGGUGAAGCCUGCGACUCCGACCUCCUGAACUGAUACACAGCUGAACGUUUUAGGAUUCAGUUCAAUUCAUAGCUUCCAGGACUGGGAGACACGAGUGUUGUGGCUGUGUUGCUUUGGCAAACAGGCUUGUAAAAAUGAACUUGUUUAUAAGUCAUUAUGUUUAAAGUGUACUGUCCUAUGGUAUGCUAUUUAUCGUCUGGUCUGCUUGGUAAAUUGGGCUCAGUGAGUGAUUCGUUCACUGAAUGUUUAGAAGAAAUCACACUGAACAUAAAUCGUUCCCUUGCAAACUGCUGCAAUGAUAGGAUGCUGCAGAUUUAAUGCACUACUUGUUAACUGCUGUGUCCUAUUGUAUGCAAAUCUGGUCCGUGGAACAAUUAUAUCUGGCCCAGGAGAUCAUAUCAUAUUCGUAUUAUUAUUGGCCAACCAGUAUGAGGUCUGCAGAUUUCCUCCAGGAUGAAAAUGUAAACUUUAGCACCAUUAUUUAAAAUAUCCUUAAUAAACCAUGAAAAUCUGGGAAAGCAAAGAGUAAGGAAGAUUUGAUAAAUAGUCAAGAAUGUGUGGAAAAAUUGUGUUUCAUCCAUAUUUCAAAUUUUGCAUCUCAAGAUUACAAGUCAAACAUGAUUUGACUUUUAAUUUAGUGCCUUGUUUUUUUUUCAACUCAGUAUUUAGAUUUAUGUCAUUUUAAUCCUUUAGAUUCUAGUUUGAAAUUUUAAGUCAAAUUUUGACUUUAAACUCAUGAUCUCAUAUUUUCACCUUUCACACUUAUGAUUUUAACUUUCUUUUCAUGUGUUUGCUCUUUAAAAGCAUUUUUUUCUAUUUUAAUAUCAUGUUCUGAUCUUUUGAACUAAUCUAUUGGGUUUUUUUAAAUCUCAGAUUGCCUUUAAAUUUAUCUUUUUUACUUUUUGAAUUUCCAAGUGGUUUAUAAUUAUUGCUGAUUUUGUUAUAUAUUUUGGAAAGGAGGAUGACAGUUUGGGUUAAAUGUUGACCCUGUUGGGCCCUCAGGUUAGACUUAAAUCCAGAUUAUGGCCCUUGCUGUGAUUGAGUUUGACGCCCCUGCACUAGUGUUUCAUUUUUUCAGUUUUAAUUAUAAUAUUUGUCCGCAGCUUUAAAAAAAAAUCUGAAUAUUUUGUGUGCUCAAUUUUGUUUUUUGUUUUUCAAUUUUAAUUUAUUUUUUUAUUGAUGUGUGUUUACGCCUAAAGAAUAUGAAUGAAUAUUAGAGCUGAAGAAAUGCGAACAAAGCUGUCAAAGAUUAAAUUCCCUUUGAUUGAAAACAAUAUCACACAGGCUGACAGAUGAGAGGGUGAGUGUCUUUCCAGGUCUCCUUAGAUGCUUCCGGAUGCGAGAACCUUUGCCGUUUCCGCCGCCAUUACGGAUUCUGGACAAGAUCAGCUGUGGCCACUGCUAUCUAUUGAUGCAUUUCAGAAGAGAAACGCAGCGGUGGGACGUAUUAAACACGUUUACUGAGUUCAUACUUUAAAACACCAUUGACAAUACGCCACACCAACCUUUGAGUGUUUGUUUUCUCGUUCACUGACUGGCUUCGACCUACACACAUAUAGAGGAGGUCGUAGCUAGCAUAGUACUCCUGCUAGCUCGCUAGCUUUACGGCUGGGAGAUUUACACUCCGGGGAACGUAAAAGACACAGCGAUGGCUCAGAUUCUACCCAUCCGCUUUCAGGAGCACCUGCAGGUAUGUUUUCCUAUUCCUGAACUUGAUAUAAAUUGACACUCCCAUCGACGUUAAGUUUCUCCUUGUAGAAGUUGAUGGAUAGCUUGAUGGUAAAGCUGAUGGAUCAACGUAAAUACCCGCAAUAUAUGAACGACCUCCCAUCCCCCGUAUAGCUCACGACUGGCAAUUUGCUUUUCAGGCCAGUGGCUCUUAUAAAUUUCAUUGACAUUGUCGCCCACCGUUAACUUAUCCUAUCUGUUAACGACGGCUCUAUAGAUGGUAACAUCAGUCGACCUUCCAAACCCCGGUGUGAUGCUAAACUGCUCGAAGUUUAUUUCAUUAACCAUGUGACGCUCUGUUUGUCGUGAGAGAUUAAAGAAGCACAGGCGCUUCAUGGUGGAUGUGCGACUGCUGUCUGAAGGGUACAUUUCAUGUUUACAUUUACAUGAACACAUUUUUGGCGGUGGCAGCACACCAAACGCGUCCUGGAGCAUCCAAAAUGCGCCCCAUUCAUUCAGUACAGCUGACGGCCGCGCAGCCGCGCAACGCAUUCAGUGAUUUCUUACAUCCCGAAUCAACUCGGCGGUGCAUUUGAUAAUUAUAUUGAUAAUUAUGACAAAAUCAUGCCUGUAAAUGAAACGGUGGUUUAAUUCAAAGUACAUUUACUCUAUGUUGAUUUUAUUGAAAAGACUUAACCCUACGAUGCAUAAAUUAUGAAAGCUUUUUUUUCACAAGUGUUUAUAUUAUUCUCAGGACAUGAAAGAACAUGUUAAACUGUUUUGUUUUUUUCCCAAAAAUGUUGUUUUUUCAUGAAACUACAAAAGUAUCCAUUCAAGUGGACUAUAUGCGCCUGAGCACUCAACACAAAACAUUGUGAACUUAAUGUAAAAAGUACAGUACACCUAAAUAUGCCAAACUAUCUCCAACAUUGGAAACAAUAUUGUUAGUCCCCACGGUACUAUAAGGAUUCAGGACUGACAUUACCAUGCCCUUAUACGAGCAUGUUGUUUUCAACAACGAAAACUGAUAUUUUAGUCGCUGCAUCUCCAAACAUGUCUAUGCUCAUCAAACCUAGGAUGUAUGAAAGUUCACAAAGCAUCCAGGGCACAGUGGCACACAGCAAUGCAUGAAGAUGUAUUUGGUGUUGUUCACUAUAUCAUCAAUGAGAUCUGCUGGAAACAGAUGUCUGAAGAAACCCAUGGGCUCUCUUCCCUCCACAUUCAAUUUCCACGCAAAUCUCCAUCAAAGUCAUUGUCUUGGACUUUCCAGAUAUUUUUGCAAGCUUGAGAAUGGUCAGGUGUCAUGUGCCCAUUUUCCACUGCUCCCUGAUCAUGCUGACCUUCCCCUGCAUCCUGCCUCUCAUCAUCCUGGUCCUCAUCCUCUUGACUAUAGGCAUCCACACUUUCUGCAUCCUGACUGUCUGUACCUCCAUCAUCCUCAGCUCCUACAUCUCUAUUCUUCUCUUGCAGCCACUCUUCAUCACUGUUGUCACUAUACUCAUCACUGGACUCAUCAUCAUUUAAUAAAGCCAGUGACGCGGCUGAAGUGGGCGGGUGUCACUUGAUUUUGUUUGGUGUUUGGACUCAUGGUGUGUUUAGACCAAGCAAAAAUUCAAUCAUUUGCCCCAGUGAAUUACAUGUAAAAUCAAUGUGAAGCCGUGAUUAGACACGAGUUCUAGCUGAUCUCAUAGACAAUUGAAAAAAGUGAUGGCAAAUCAGUUUUGAUCAAAUCCCAUUUGACUGACGGGUGUGUUUUGUUGCCCAGGUGUGUCCCAUUAUAUUGAUUAUUCAAAGAAAUACUGCUGAAUUUUAGCUCUCAUUUUAAAUGGAUAUUCUGGCAUAAAAUGAAUCUAGGGUCAAAUACACCAUAACACUGAGUUAGACACCCCCUUGAGAGAUGAAUGUUGCUGACUGCUUGCUUCUCUAGUUAUACCAACUUUAGUAAUGACUGCAGGAUAGCAAUACACAGCGGUCUGAGGAGCCAUAAACAAACCUGAACCAAAACGCCACUCGAUAGCCACAAAUAGUCUCAGAACAGCACCUAACUUCAUCAACAGUACAGGGUUCCAGCCAUAACACUAGCCACCAAACAUCUUUUUAACUUUGCCCAAUUUCUUUAGCAAGAGACUAAACACAACUUACCUUCUCUCUUCCAGCAGUCGCUUGUUUGUACGAAGACCUCGGGCCAGUCCAUUACGGACUGCUGCGGGGUGACACAGCUCAAGGAAGAACAUUUAUGUGAACUCCUGCUUAUAAUCAGUGUACAGUCAGGCCAUGUCAUUGGCUCUAUCAGAAUUUCUUCUUUUUGGAGUUUGUUAAAAAUGGCUUGAAUGAGUGUCAGAGCUGACCCUGUCUGUAGUGAUUAAUGCCUUGCUUCUAUUCCACUUUGCCAGCCAGUUUCUAAACAAAGGGAUUGAACUGACCCAGAUCUCCUGUGCCCCAUAGACGGGUUUCUUGUGUACAAACAACAACCAGGGACCGCAACCAAUUGUUUGUUUUGCAGAUUCGUGCAGUUUACAGCACAACAGCUCCUUGUCAUUUUCUUUCUCCGUUGACUCCGCAAGUAAACAAAUAAGAAAUGUCCCGCUUUCUGACCCCUGGCUGCGCGCGCAUACCUGCGAUGAUGUUGCACAGAAACCCGUCUAUACAACCUCACUUCCAAAAAUGAGCUGUCUCUUUAUCUGCAUAUUUGCUAACUUAAAUGAGAGACCAUCAUACUACUAAGUCUCGUGAUUAAUGUAUUGUGUCAAUGACUUUUUAUGUGGACAACGCUGCUUAACAGAGCAUUCUUUCAUAUCACAGCUCCAGAACCUGGGUAUUAACCCAGCAAACAUUGGAUUCAGUACUCUAACCAUGGAAUCUGACAAGUUCAUCUGUAUAAGGGAGAAGGUGGGUGAGCAGGCCCAGGUUGUCAUCAUCGAUAUGGCAGACCCAAACAACCCCAUUCGCAGGCCCAUCUCCGCAGACAGCGCCAUCAUGAACCCUGCUAGUAAAGUAAUCGCACUCAAAGGUAGGUUCUACUACAACUAAUAUGUUGUGUUGUCACCUCAUAACGUCAUUUUCAGCCUAGAAAAUAAGUGUACAGUGCUUCUGAAAAAGAAAAGAAAGAAUUGAAAAGUUUUGGAGGUUAUACUUCUGACUAUUUGAAAACAUAGGGUCAUUUGAAUAAAUUUUGCUUUCUACUCAUUUAUGUAGCUGUCAUAGUCUGCUUUUUUAUUUUGAUGUUCACUCAUAGACAACCAAUUUGUUUUUGUCAAAAAUGUUCAUUCUACUGAAGUGUAGUGCAUCAAAUUUGAGUAUAGAGGGCAUGAUAAUUAAAUGUUAAAAUAGUUCUAGUACAAGUGGUAAAAACAAAAUGUCAUGCUGUCAUGAAUGCUUUGUCUAUUUUGCUUGUUUUUUGCUCUUUUUCAUUUCCUACUGCUUUCUUAUGUUUGCAGACGGUGAGUUGACUUUUACAUAUGAGUUAUAAAAGUGUUAUCCUGUAUGCAUUGUCUUGAAAUGUUUGCACAUGACUUAUUUAAUGAAUGCUUUAAUUUGAAAUGAUUAAAGAAAUAGGGCACAGAAAAAAAUUCAAGGCAACUUAAAGGACUGUUUUGUUUUUCUUUUUUGUGUGUGUGUGUCUGUGUGUCACCCUUAUAAUAUACUUUGGAGAGGUUUUGUGCGACAGCUGACCAUUUUCUAAAACAUGCUUUACUUCAAAGACAGUUAUGUUUCCAUUUACUUAAUUACAGUAUGAACAUAAGGUCAUUGCAGUUUCAAAAUUGAUAUGAAAAUCUGUAACUUAUCACAGUAGAAAUCCUGGUUGAGUGCUUUGCUCUGACAUUGUGUGCUGAUCAUUCACUUUGUCCUUAAAGGCACUUAAGUUGCACUUACAGUCAAGAGCCAAGAACUAGUCUGAAGUUGACUCACUUAAAACAAACUUUGAGACAAACUCUAGAAGAGUGGGUAUAAAAGGAAAGAAAUAAAUGCUUGUAAAAAUAUUAAAUAAAGCAGGUUCUGAUUAAAUCUCAAUGUGUCAGUCACAGCCUGAUGCCAAGUAUACAACAGUUUAAUUUCUUUUUCAAAGAACAAGUUCCGGAGUUGAAAAGUAACUUGACUUUUCGGAAAUGAAAGAAAGUAUUAUGUGUUUUAGAAAAUGGUUGGUUGUGAUGAAAAUUAUGUCUAAGAAGUAAAAGGACUGAAAUGUUAAGAAAAAAUUAUAUAAUCAUUUAAGCAACAGGAAAACACAAUGGUAGCUCGAUGAAUUAUUAACUUUUUGAAAAUAUAUUCUCAUGUGGUAGGACGUUUUCAACAAAAAUAGUGCUCCACAGGCCUGUGAUAUUGUAUUCGAGAGCAUCCAAACUUGGUAUCAUAAAAAAAGUGUGAGAGAACACACUUAUCCCAAUCACAGAAUAAUAACAUCAAGAGUUGUAUGGUUGGUCACAGAUACCAAUUGUCAAUGAUAAGCAAUAAACCACACACAAAGACGUCUUAAUAUUUUAACAGUUGUUAAGGUUCGUCAUUUUCGUGGAUGCAACUGGAGUAUCAGGUUUUAGGAAAGCGGUAGUGAUUAUUGCUUAUUUGCCCAAAACAUUUGGUUUAUGUACCAAAACAAUCCACAAUCAAGGUGCAGGUUUAGUUUAUUAGGUCAAGUCCAAUGUAAAAAAAAUUUCAAUUCUAGCUGCACUGUUUGAAGAAUUGAUUCUCAGUCCUGAUGGGAUUUGGUAGAUGUGAUUUCCCUGCUCUGUCUCUCUUCCCACAUUUCCCUCUAAAGCUGUUCAAUCAAAUAAGGGCCAAACACCAUCCCUUCCUUUAUAAAGUCACUGUGACAGACCACCAGCCAAGGACACUUAAGAUAUCACAGUAAAACAUGGUGGUUACUUUCCUCCCUCUGCUACUUUUUAGAUAAAUCUAACGGCUGUUCCGUUCAGCAGUUAAGUACUGACAAUACAGAAGGGUUUUGAGUAAAUACAGUCUUUAAAACAUGUAUAUCCAGAGUGAAACCCAACAUGAAAUACUGUAACAAGGUUUGUUAUUGACCUUUUACACCAUACCAGAGUAGCAGUGACGAUUAACAUGCUUUUAAAUUCAACACAUGGUUGCAUAAAGGCAAAAUGCUAUCACAGAUUUUCUGUUAAAUGUUGACUAUUUCUGGUAGAUAAAAAAAUUCAGAAAAUUUCACUGUUAUUUAUAAGAUAGAUAGAUGGAUACUUAAUUGAUCCUAAGGGUAAUAUCAGGGCUACCAGAUAGGCAGCCACUUGCAUUGGAUGCUUUACAUCUCAAUGUAGACUAUGAAAUGUUGUUUAUUUGUUGGGAUGGUGUUGGAUUGAGACUGGCAUGUGCCUGAUUUAUAUGUAGAUUUAUGCCUUGGCCUAUAAAAGUGAUGUGGCCUUCAGUGAUGCUGAACUGGUGGGAAAAACUGGGUGAAUACAUCUUUCCCAUCAUUACAUCUGUUUAUGUGCAUUGUGGUCUUCUGUUGCUAAUCUGCAUUCAGACUACUAAAACUCCCAAAUCCUUCAUGCCACACUUUAGUAAGAAUUUAACAAAAUGCCUGGAGUUUCAAUAUUCCAGCAGAUUAAAGGCCAUUACUUGGGCUUGAUGUUGCCUCUUUUACUUAAGGGCAUAGAUACUCUGAAGUUAAAAUAUUGAUUAACAAAACUUUAGGAGUGCAAUUAAUGUGUGUCAAAUGAUGUAUUUUCUUAAAGUAUAUGAGCAAACAUAACUUAGUUCUGUUGGUUAUCAAGUUUGUAAUUAUUCAGGUUUUAAACCAUUACUUUUAUGUGCAACUUUGUACCUGCAACUAAAUUGCCUCUUAACUGAAUUGUAGAGCUGGGGACUAAUCAAUUACAAUUUCACAAUGAUUAUAAUGUUGGCUCUCCACAGUCAUAAAAAUAAAAUAAUCCAGACUGAAUGAUACUGUAGUGCUUGCUUAUGUUGCCCUUGUUGCGUCCUAUACAUUGAAUGGAGGCCAUCCUCCCUCUCUGCCUUUCAGGAGGAGGCAAGUGUGGAACAGGGUGUGCCAAAAAUACAAGGGACAGAAUGAGCACAACGAGAAAGAGACUGUUGCAAAUGCAAUCCUGUGUGUGCACAGGCGUUAAUGAGCUAACAAGUGCCUGGUUAAAAAGUGAAGGACAUUGAUCCGAAUCAUAAUGAAAUACAAGCCCAUGUCUUCAUGUUAUAGAGGAUGCUUCAUAAAAACUUUCAAAAGACUGAAUGGUUUGCAAGAUCUGUGGCCUGUGUUAAAAUGCACGCAGUUAAACAGCUCAAAUGCUUUGGUGGUUCUUGACAGUGUUUUUAAUUCAAUUUGCUUAAUUUAGUGGCAUUUUACAAAGUCAUGGCCCAAUUACAUUUAAUGAAGUGAAGUCUUCACACCUCUAAGUGAAGUGAAUAAUUGAUGCAUGGUCCCUUUCAGUAGUAGUACAGUUGACUUAAAAAAAAAUUCACUCAUUUUUAAUUCGGUGCCUGCAACACGUUCCAAAAAAGGGCACGUUUACCACUGUUACAUCACCUUUCCUUUUAACAACAUCCAAUAAUUCCAGUUUUGGAACUGAGGACACUUAAUGUUUAAACUUUGUAGGUCUUGCUUGAUGUACCACUUAAGUUGCUCAGCAGUCUAGGGUAACAGUUGUUGUAUUUUGUGCCCCUUUAACAGUCUGGCAAACCCAGAAUACAUGGUUACGGUGCUAUUAUGUACAACGGAUUAUUUCUAUUCAGACCAUAUUUUGCUCGCUCGCUCAGGGAAAAAAGGUGGUUAUAACCUAAAAUUUGUCACACCUGUCAUGCAAGAACUCAACAUUCAAAUGAUAAAAACUUUGAAUCUUUAUCCAGCUUGUCAAAUACAAGGGUUGAAUUUUGCGCUAUUGGGAUGCACACUCAUGGCACAGCUCUAAACUGGCGUGGGGAUGUUGAUAGCAGUAAACUUGGUCACGUCACAAAGAAAAAGAAAGUAACUGAAAGCUAGCCUUUAUUCACUCAUAUAACCCAUAAUCUUGGUGAUUUCUAAAACCAAUGAAUAGAGGAUCUAUGGUGCAAACAUAUAUAUACGUAUACUUGUGUAUUCGCAUACAUACUUAUGUUUAUACUUAUGCUCUUACAUACCUUUUUAUGAGGGUGUAAUUUUUAGGCAUAAUUCAGUAAAAAAAACAAAAAAACAGCCAGAUCAAGUGACAGAGCCAUGAUUUUUGAGUAAAAGUAAUAUUGGUUUGGGCAACCAUUACAUUUAUAGCAAAGCCAUCAGUAGAAAUGCCACAUACACACUGGAGAUUAUUGUGUCAGCACUCUGUCCUAGUCAAUUACUAGCCAACCUCAUGCUGAAUGCAGAUUAAACGAUUAAGUGAUUGCAUUUUAUGUUGGUCAAACCUCUAUUCUUGACACUGGUACAAGCCUAUUUUGUUUUUGUUUUUUGUUUGUUUGAUUGGUUUUGUUUUGUGUCAGUUUUUUGUUAUUUACCCAAACCCUUAUUAGAAACAUUUCUUGAGUUCAAGAAGUUUGGUAUGCACAAGUUGUGUUUUUACUUCUACUUAAGUCACCAUACUAAUUUUACUGAACAGUUUUUAGUCCUAUUUCCUGGAUGUUCUUUAGAAGGAGGUACAGAAUUCAUCUGUAUCACUGCUAACCUGAACUCUGAAUUCUUUCAGCCGCAAAGACUCUGCAGAUCUUUAACAUUGAGAUGAAGAGUAAAAUGAAGGCUCAUACAAUGACGGACGAUGUGACCUUCUGGAAGUGGAUCUCCCUCAACACUGUUGCCCUGGUCACAGACAAUGCAGUCUACCACUGGAGCAUGGAGGGUGACUCUCAGCCAGUCAAAGUUUUUGACCGUCAUUCCAGCCUAGCAGGCUGCCAAAUCAUCAACUAUCGAACAGAUGCCAAACAGAAGUGGUUGCUGCUCAUUGGCAUUUCGGCACAGGUAAAAAAAAAAAGGAUAGGCCCAGAAUAUUCAUGUGUAUUUGAUUCUGCAUUGAGCAGCUAAAUUCAAGUCCCUUUGUCCACAGGAACUCAAAAAUAGGCUCCACUGUAUAAAUUUUGUGUAAAUUAGACAUGUUUGUCAUGCAUGUCUAAAUAAUAAAAGGUUCUUUCAUAAUGGACUGAAAGUAGGUGCUAUUGUGCGCACAUAUACAAUACAAUACACUUUUGUUAAAUUAAUGGCACCAAUGGGCUUUUGUAGGAUCUUGUAAUUUUACAUUUGUCAACCUAAGUGAUAGGAAAAAAAACAAUAAUUUGAUAUUUUCAAUACAAAAUUAUUUUGUAAACCAAUACCAUUUCUACCAAAAUAAAACUAUAACAUUUCCAGUAAUACAACUCAAAGCUGAUAUGAACAAUCAAGGAAGGGGAGCAUUGGUUAAGUGACAUGCUGACAGUGCCUCAGUGUUAAAAAACACUGGGGCCUAUGGUGCAGUGCAAGACCAGCCAACAGAUGGCAGUAGAAGCCAAAUUGGGUGAUGUAGCAUGUAUCAAACCAAAAUAAAAGAGGCAGCUGCCACAAAACUGGAAGUAUAUGAGAACAUUUGGAUUAGAAUGUUGCAGCAACAUGACAAAGCUAUGUCUACACAUGACAAAACACCACUCUGAAUCAGGCACCAGUAAUAAAAGAAAGAGCUGUUACACAAAGACAGAGUGUGCCAACCUAAUUAACACAGAAUGACAGUUUCCACUCAAUUUUUCUUUCCUUGUUCCUUCUCAGCAGGAUCAAAUGAUCACAAACACACUGUCAUGUUUUUUUCUUAAGAGUUGAACACUUAGAUCACUGUAACGAAGGCUUUCAGCAGCUGCUUGAUUAUUAUGAGUCACUGUGUGGAAUCCCCUCAUAGCUUCAUUACAGAAACUUUGGUUCAUCAGUUUUAAGCAGAAGCAAAGCAAAUACAUUUGAUAUAUGUUAUUAUCCAUCCAAGAGGGUGAUGUGCAUGAAUGAUUGUUGAAGUGAGUAUCUACCCCCCUGUGAGCUCCACUCCCUCCCCACCUGUCAAGAGGAAUUGCUUGGUAAAACAUGUACAUUUUUUUUUAUAAGUGUACAUAUUUUAGGUGUCAGAUGAUCAUAGCAUCAAAGGCUAGUUUGGGAAUAAACACUGAAUAAAAACUUGAAUAUUAAAAGCCAUCGAAUCAAAACUAAAAUUACUAUUCAAACUUUUAUCAGUCCUUUCUUUUUCACAAUUCUCCAUGUAGUCCCUUUGUAUUAACACAGCUUCUUGUGGCAAACAGUUCAUUUACAGGCCUUUCCAGGGUGAUAGUUGUAGUUUGCAGCUUCACUUGGUGUACAGUUCCGCUAGAGUCUGGCAAGGUUUGGAUUUGUCUUCCCAUGAUCCAUGUGUUUCCUAGAGUUGAACCAUCAACAAUGAGUAUGAUCAGCUCCAGGCUUUAAGUUUCUGUGCAAUGUGGUCCAUUUCUGGCCCUGUUGUGGCAAAUAUCCAUCACUUACUUAAGGUUCCAGGUGGCAUGUUGGGUUGUCCUUUCACCAGCAACAAACGGUUGGUGUAAAUGGCUAAAUGUCAUGAAAUUCAUCUGAGGCAUUUGAAUUUCGUUGGCCAUUAAUUAUGCGUUCAACCUUACUCUUUUGGUUUUCCUGCAAUGUAGUGUUGCAAAUAGUAUAACUUGUCCUUAUCAUUGCCAGCCCUUCUCUGAAUACAAAUGAUCUGAUAAAAAAAGUCUUUCUGUUGAUUAACCAGCAUCUCUUGUCACAUUCUGCAAUGCAGUUGUUGCUAUUGUCACACUGUUGUCUGUCAGUGUUGCCUAUUAGUAUUGUUGUCACUCUCUGGGGCUCUGUAUUCUGAAGAGUUCUUUUUGGGAUCUUCCUAACAUGUGCAGGGUUGUUAGCAGGCUGAGAGUGUUUCUGUUCCUCCUCCUUCACUUUGAGUUUACCUAAAUUAUGCAUGCAAACAUAGCUGUUUAUUCAAUCUUGCAUACUCUUAAUCUUUUAACUUGAGCUCUUUUUUUUCGCAAUACCUGACUUGAAUGCCAGCCUUUGUAGCUUGGCUCAAUUCGUGCUUCCUCCGUGUUAAGCCCUCGAUUGGCUUGAAGAGCUAAGCUGCAGCAUGUUCAACUAAUACAGCUAGCCAUCAUCAAGGCCCAUCUCUUCAAUUCUAUCUUCAAUCUGAGCCUUAUCAUCAUCAUUAGUAUCAGCUGUGUUACCUUACCAUCAAACCGGUUGCUUUUAUUUGUGUACCCACUUGCCUGUUAAGUCCUUCAAACUAACUACAAGUUUCCCUUGGCUGGCUCCAGCGCAUGCUCUGCUGCAACAACACUGUCUGUAAGCAUGUCUGCACCUCUGUACUCUGUGCUCGUUUUUCUCGUGUUACUCAAAGCUGUCUUAUCUUGAGUGUGCUUGGUUUUGUCUGUCAUUAUGAUUCCACAGUAUUAUGUGUUUUGGAUUUUACCAUUCGUUCUUUGGAUUAUCAAGUUUCCUGGCAGAAAUGGACUUACCUACACCUGGGAAAAUCUGCUACAACUCUGGUCUUACCCUCUCAGCAAUGCCAGACCAUGUGUUGUCCUUCCGGCUGAAAUCUGUCCAAGGAAGAGGGGCAGGCAAGGUGGGGUAUGCACCACGUUGAGGAGGUGACCCUUCAAACCCCCUCUUCCAUCUAUCACCCUGGCAAAUGUUUGGUCUCAAAACGGACGUUCUCCAUACAAAAUGCCUGGCAUAGAGGACCUUCAGGGAACCCUGUAUCCUCAACUUGACUGAAGCCUGGCUCAACGAGGCUGCUCAGACCCCGAGGUACACCUUCUUAUGGGGAGACUGGACGAGGGAGUCGGGGAAGGAGUGAGGUGGAGGGGUCUGCAUGUACUUUAGCCACAGUUGGUGUAAUAACAUCAAAAUCCAUAAUCGGGUCUGAACCCAAGAUCUGGAGAUGCUGACCCUAUCCCUUCAUCCCUUUCAGCUCCUAAAAGAAUUUCCCACUGUCGUGAUCAGCUGUGUUUACAUUCUACCAAGCGCUAACACCAAUGGUGCAGCUAAGCUAGUGGCUAACUGUGCUAGCAGCAUGCAGAGGAAAUACCCGAAGGCACUGGUGUUCAUAGUUGGGGAUUUCAACAGCUCCAAAGUUGACAGUGCUCUGCCUUCUUUUUAACAUAUGCGGACAUACCAACAAGGGGGCGAAAUACUCUGGACUUGUAUUAUGGUAGUGGUACUGUUGCUUACACUACCUAUGCACAACCACCACUAGGCUUUGCAGACCACAUCAUUGUUGUUUUACUUCCGCAUUACUGACAGGUGCUGAAGCACCACAAACCCCAGCGCCAUGGCGUGGUCUAAAAACGCUGUUGCACGGCUGCAGGGGUCAUGGACUGAGACAUUUUUGUCAACAGUUUAAAUGACAGGAUCUCUGUCAUCACAGAUUACGUUGCAACUUAAAACCCUGAAUCACUCAAUAUACCAGAAUCAGCUUUAUUGGCCAAGUAUGUGUACACAUGCAAGGAAUUUGACUCAUACAAAUAACUUAACUUAUACAAAUAAGACAGGAGUGCAAUAAACCUUCAAAUAAAGAAUGAAACCAAGGCCAAACUCAAAUACAAACAAAAACUUGAAUGGCAGUUCAGCACCAAGAACACUAAACAGGUUUUCAAUAAAGUGAGACCGGUUACAACCCAAAACCAAAAUUAACUGCAUAACUGACCCUGCCUUACUUGCUGAAAACCUGAACACCUUUUAUUGCAGUUUUGAUAUCAUAAAUUGCACACAAGACUGUAAGGCCCUGCUGGAGACCACGCCCAUCCUGGAAACCCUUCACUCUGCUCCAUUCACAAUGGAGCACAUGUGCAGUCAGUUGAGCCAGUGCAAACCAUACCGGACCAGAUGGCAUCCAUGCACGCUUGCUCAAGCAUUGCUCAAUGGAGCUUUCUCCUUUUCUCCAUUCCAUCUUCUGUGAGUCCUACAGGUCUGCUCCAGGGCCAACCCUAUGGAAAACACUAAUUCUCAUACCUGUGCCCAAGAAACCCCACCCUUCAGAAGCUAAUCAUCACUGGCCAGUUGCACUCACUUAAAUAAUCAUGAAAUACCUUGAAAAACUGGUUCUAGACACCAUCCUCCCAAUUGUUGGACCACAACAGGAUUCUUAUCAGAUUGCAUACAAGACCAAAAGGGGGACUGAGAAUGCUGUAGUGUUGUAGUCAAGACCGCACCAACCGAGACCAGAAAGGACCAAGACCGAGACAAGACAGAGUGAAAAUGCCUUCAAUUCCGAGACGACACCAAGGCCCUCAAAAAAUGGUUUGAGACCAAGACCGAUCUUGAGUACUACAACACUACUGUGUGGUAACCGUUAGCUUACCUGUCUUCCUCUCGAGGUGACGGUAAAAGUUUGAAGUUGUACCAGCUGUAUCUGUGAGUUGUGCACUGCAGAAUUUGCACACUGCAGAGUGUUUUUGCUUGCAUGUCGUUUUACAAAUAAACUCCUUGUGGUUUAGGAAGCCAAACUUAAUUAUUGCUGAGUUGGCAGACAUCUUUCAUGACGAGUUCACCGGGUGCCAAGCACAAACACAGCCAUCGUCUCCAUCCUCUCUCUGUAUGGAGGGGGUGUGUCAGUCACUCAGACUGUGUGACACUGGGCAGGUAACUUAGCAGCUGCAGCUGGGGGAAAAUUAUUACUACCAAUGAUGUAAAAUUAUAAGCUCGACCGGUCUCGUUCAAAAACCUGGGUCCGCUCACUCUGAGACCAAGACAUGACCGAGUGAAAAUGCCUUUGAUUCCGAGACUAAAUCCGAGACCCUCAAAAAAUGGUCUGGAGACCAAGACCGAUCUCGAGUACUACAACAUUAGGAUGCUGUAGUAUGCCCCGUCCACUCCCUGUUGGUUUCCCAGAGUGUCAUCAUCACACAUUGCAUUGCCUUGUUGCAGCACUGUUCUGCGCCUCCGAUGCCACACAUUGCCUCCUCCUUCCCCAGAUUCUAACUAAAUUGCUGCUUCUGUGGGAGGAUCAGAGGCAGAGCAACUUCAACUAGCCAUUAUGCAUUUGGUCAUUACAUAGUGUUGAGGAGGAAUAAUGGGCAGUUUGUUAGCAUCUAAAGUGAUAGCAGAGGUUUGCCAUUAUUUUGGGGUUAGGUAUCUCGGGCCAUUUAGGCAUUUGAAGUGCCAGACCUUGGAUCAAACCUUAGGACUGAGACAUUAUCAACCCUGCCGCAGCUGUCCCAAUUCUUAGCAGGUUUAGGUUUAAUUCAGACUUUGUAAAGGUAAUAAACAGAAGUUCUUCUGUGUUAAUGUUUUUUUUUUUUUUUUUUAACUUUUUUUUAAUUGCAGUGUAGUGAUCAUGCUUACCUACAAGCCAGAUAGUUUUAUUAAUGACAUUUUAUCUUGUCUGGGAUAUGCAACUUUAUCUACCACACUUGUACGUUAUAUGGAAGGUUAGGGAAUAAGAAAACACCACAUUUUUCUGCCUUAAAAUGCUGAAAUUGAAUGCAGUGUUUUGAAAGAAGCAGUGAAACAAAAACAAUGUUAUUGUGCCUCUUAAGCACGUAAUUGUUUUUUUGAGUUGUUGCCUAAUUCGUUGUCUUUCUCCCCUCCUUAGCAAAAUCGUGUUGUUGGGGCCAUGCAGCUUUACUCCGUUGACAGAAAAGUGUCUCAGCCAAUCGAGGGGCAUGCUGCAGGCUUUGCACAGUUUAAGAUGGAGGGCAACACUGAAGAGUCAACCCUUUUCUGCUUCGCUGUACGGGGACAAGCAGGCGGAAAAGUAAGAUUUACUUGGACUGAAAUGUUGUGUGUAAACUAUGCAAAUGAAGAUUACAGCAGUACAAAUCCAAAUUAAGUAGUUUUUUUUUUAAACAUUACAGGUUGUGCUGGUUGAUAUGUAAAAAACAUUAUCUUGAAAAUUUUAGUGAUAUUGAUGAUUAUCAUGAUAUUUGCAAAUCAUAAUUUCCCUACCCAGUGGUUGGGUAGUAUUUUCAGGUUUAAAUCUAUCAAAUUUUUAUCAAACGUUUAUUAUAUUUCUACUGAGACAAACUGUAACACAGUAAUUGAUGUCGUUUUAUUGCCCAAGACUAUUUUUUAUCUCUGUAUCUUUCUUUUUGUUCUAGCUGCACAUUAUCGAAGUUGGAACCCCGCCUACUGGGAACCAGCCAUUUCCAAAGAAAGCUGUGGAUGUUUUCUUUCCUCCAGAAGCACAGAAUGACUUUCCUGUUGCGAUGCAGGUACAAAAACUAUAAGUAAGGAGAUACAGAGGGACUGUGUUUGCUGCCUAUUUAUAAUUGUUCCGCAAAAAGUGUCAUCUUCUCGAGCUGUGAGAAACAAUACUCUCCUUUUUUGGUGCUUUUUCGUGUAAGUUAUUUCUGGGUCAGGAUUCCUCCUAAAUUAUCAACUAAAUUUAUUAACUCCUUUCAGACAUGCACAAAAUUCCAGAAAAUUUCACUAAAAGUACUUUGGUGAGCUGUAUGUGUGACACAAACAGCCAAGCUUUUCACCUCACUAUGUCUGAAAUAUUUCCUACAAGUCUACUAGCAUUAUUAUUUAGUGCUGUUGAAACAUGAAGCCUGAGCUAACUCAUCUAAAGACAUCACUGAAAUAAUCACCCUGAAUGUUUUAAGAUCAUGUGAAAACACGCUUUGCCGAGGCAUUGAAACUUUGUCUAUGUUUUGUUUUUGUUUGUCGUUUUCACCAUGUUUUUGGUGAACUUUGAACUCAUUUUUUAGUCAAAAAACUAAUGACUUAUCAUUUGGUACUUCUAGAUCAGCUCCAAGCAAGAUGUAGUUUUUCUCAUCACCAAGUAUGGCUACAUCCACCUGUAUGACCUGGAGACUGGGACUUGCAUUUAUAUGAAUAGGAUCAGCGGGGAGACCAUUUUUGUUACUGCCCCCCAUGAACCCACAGCUGGUAUCAUUGGGGUCAACAGGAAAGGACAGGUACAUUUUCAUACACACUCUGGUCUGAUGCAAUGAAAUGCAUGUCAAAAAUCUUUAAUUAAUUUGUUACAAUCAUUCCUCUCAGAACUUUUUAUUAAAUUAAAAGUGCACAACUUGUAGUUCAUACAUAUGGCACAUAUUACUGAAGGGUUACUCUUGUAAGAUGUUUAUAUGCCUAAUUAUAUACAUUUGAUGAAGUGGUAUUUUUUUAAUGGUCUGAGAAUUAAAAUCCUUUAUUUGAGUUAACCAUUACAUUUAUUUUAAGAGAAUCAAUCAGCGCCUGAAUUGUCUGCUGUUGUGUUUGCAAAAGCAUUUUGUAAAUGUGUUAUUCUAGGUGCUGUCAGUGUGUGUGGAGGAGGAAAACAUUAUCCCCUACAUCACCAAUGUCCUCCAGAACCCAGACCUAGCUCUUCAUAUGGCUGUCCGUAACAAUCUAGCUGGUGCUGAGGAGCUUUUUGCCCGCAAGUUCAACACACUCUUUGCAGCCGGGAAUUACUCUGAAGCAGCCAAAGUGGCAGCCAACGCACCAAAGGUAGAUCCAGUGUACUUCAAGCACUAACACACUACCUGACAUUACUCGCGAAACAAAUUUAAGCUCGGACUGUUUAAUCUAAGAAGAUCUCUGUUGCCUAGUCUGACAGUUGACACUAGGCUGAUGGCUAAGAUGAUUUUGGAUUUGUUCAUCCGUCUUCCUCCUCCAGGGUAUCCUGCGGACCCCAGAAACCAUUCGCAGGUUCCAGAGUGUUCCAGCCCAGCCAGGCCAGACUUCUCCCUUACUCCAGUACUUUGGUAUCUUGCUGGACCAAGGUCAGCUUAAUAAGUUUGAGUCGCUGGAGCUCUGCAGGCCUGUUCUACAGCAGGGACGCAAGCAACUACUUGAGAAAUGGUUAAAGGAGGACAAGGUCGGUACAUUACCUGUAAAUGUUAUUGAACACCAAGUUUUGACGCGAUAAAAGAUCAUUGGACAUCCUUUAUAAAUAUUCAACAGCUCUCUUUCUACAAAGACUGCAUUAGAGAGCAAAAUGGGAAAAUACUGCUCCUUAUCCUGUAGUCAAUGUCCUAGAAAGUAAAUCUUUAAACCCUAUCUUAAGUGAAAAAAGUAUUUUAAACCUAAAUGACAAUUAGGAUGGAUAUUGCUGCUUCCCCAAACUUUUCGCAACAAGAAUUCUCACAUAUGGCCCUCACUAGGACCUCACAUUGACAAGUAUCCAGAGUGAUCCGAUUACAAGUGAAGACUUAAGUAUGGGGAAGACAUUGUUUGGUUAUGAAGCCUGGUGUUCGUCCACAGUUCUGUGGACUAAAGAGGAACAUCCUCAUGAUGCAUGAGUCAGUUUACACUUAUAGGGAAGGCUGACAGUGUUCUUCUAAAUUGUUUGUUUCACAACAAAAUUGGUCAUCAAUAAUGUAUUCUUUAUCAAUUCAUCCCGAUUCUUUUGUGUUGUUUUCUGAUUCCCUUUGCCUGGUUACUUAUUUUUGUUGUUGUUGUUUUUUGUUUGUGUGUUUGUUUGUGUGUACAUACAGCUGGAGUGCUCCGAAGAGCUCGGAGACUUGGUGAAGUCAGUAGAUCCUACUCUUGCCCUUAGUGUCUACCUUAGAGCCAACGUCCCUAAUAAGGUCAUUCAGUGCUUUGCAGAAACUGGACAGUUCCAAAAGAUUGUCCUCUAUGCAAAAAAGGUUUGUGACAAAGCAUUACUUAUGUUAUUCCUUUGUUAUUAUGGACAAUUUUAGACCAUUACUAUUGUGAGUGUGUGAUACUGAAUAUUUAGCAGUUUUGAAAUCUGUCUUUACGUGUUAUUUUUAUGUAGUUCCACCAAUGAGGCCCCUGCACACCUCAGAUGAGUUACAGUUUAAAAAACCUGUUAUCUCUUCAGGUGGGUUACACUCCAGACUGGAUCUUUUUGCUACGGAAUGUAAUGCGCAUCAGUCCAGAACAGGGCCUUCAGUUUUCUCAGAUGCUGGUUCAGGAUGAGGAGCCACUUGCUGACAUUUCACAGGUAAAAACAACAUGUGUACAUAUACUGUAUAUACACUCACCGGCCACUUUAUUAGGUACACCAUGCUCGUAACGGGUUGGACCCCCUUUUGCCUUCAGAACUGCCUCAAUUCUUCGUGGCAUAGAUUCAACAAGGUGCUGGAAGCAUUCCUCAGAGAGCUUGGUCCAUAUUGACAUGAUGGCAUCACACAGUUGCCGCAGAUUUGUCGGCUGUACAUCCAUGAUGCGAAUCUCCCGUUCCACCACAUCCCAAAGAUGCUCUAUUGGAUUGAGAUCUGGUGACUGUGGAGGCCAUUUGAGUACAGUGAACUCAUUGUCAUGUUCAAGAAACCAGUCUGAGAUGAUUCCAGCUUUAUGACAUGGCGCAUUAUCCUGCUGAAAGUAGCCAUCAGAAGUUGGGUACAUUGUGGUCAUAAAGGGAUGGACAUGGUCAGCAACAAUACUCAGGUAGGCUGUGGCGUUGCAACGAUGCUCAAUUGGUACCAAGGGGCCCAAAGAGUGCCAAGAAAAUAUUCCCCACACCAUGACACCACCACCACCAGCCUGAACCGUUGAUACAAGGCAGGAUGGAUCCAUGCUUUCAUGUUGUUGACGCCAAAUUCUGACCCUACCAUCCGAAUGUCGCAGCAGAAAUCGAGACUCAUCAGACCAGGCAACGUUUUUCCAAUCUUCUAUUGUCCAAUUUCGAUGAGCUUGUGCAAAUUGUAGCCUCAGUUUCCUGUUCUUAGCUGAAAGGAGUGGCACCCGGCGUGGUCUUCUGCUGCUGUAGCCCAUCUGCCUCAAAGUUCGACGUACUGUGCGUUCAGAGAUGCUCUUCUGCCUACCUUGGUUGUAACGGGUGGUUAUUUGAGUCACUGUUGCCUUUCUAUCAGCUCGAACCAGUCUGGCCAUUCUCCUCUGACCUCUGGCAUCAACAAGGCAUUUCCGCCCACAGAACUGCCGCUCACUGGAUAUUUUUUCUUUUUCGGACCAUUCUCUGUAAACCCUAGAGAUGGUUGUGCGUGAAAAUCCCAAUAGAUCAGCAGUUUCUGAAAUACUCAGACCAGCCCUUCUGGCACCAACAACCAUGCCACGUUCAAAGUCACUCAAAUCACCUUUCUUCCCCAUACUGAUGCUCGGUUUGAACUGCAGGAGAUUGUCUUGACCAUGUCUACAUGCCUAAAUGCACUAAGUUGCCGCCAUGUGAUUGGCUGAUUAGAAAUUAAGUGUUAACGAGCAGUUGGACAGGUAUACCUAAUAAAGUGGCCGGUGAGUGUAUAUAUAUAUAUAUAUAUAUAUAUAUAUAUAUAUAUAUAUAUAUAUGCUAUUCAUUUAUAUAACAUGUACCUACUGUUUGUAUUGACAUAAUAAGAAUUGAGUUUCACCUCAUUUGCACUAACAUGUUUGUGUAGCUUUUAAAUGGUCAUUUUCCAGGGGUUGAGAAAGUCACUGACUUAAGUUAAGAAGUGUAUUCUUGUGUAAUUGUGAAGAAAAUUACUAAAUACUUUAAGAGCCAAUAACCAAACAAAACCAAAGUGAUUUCAGGUAGAUGGACAAGUAUACUGAUUCUUUGUCUCUAUUGUUUAUUCUAGAUAGUUGACGUGUUCAUGGAGUACAACCUAAUCCAGCAGUGCACAUCUUUCCUACUCGACGCCUUAAAGAACAACAGGCCCAUGGAAGGACAACUGCAGACACGACUGCUGGAAAUGAAUUUAGUACAUGCACCACAGGUAUAAAAGAAUAUAUAAGAAUCAGAAAUGUAUGGAUAUGUUUUGGUUACAUUCAUCCAAAAGCCAGAAUGAUUACAAUACAGUUUAAUGAAUAUUGAUGUCUCUGUCAUGUCCUAGCUACCAAUGAAGUAUGAAAAAGUUGAGUGUAUAUCAGUAAAAUGAGCCCCGCAUUUAAUCAGCAGCAAUAAAAAAUGCAAUGGACUAUUUAAAUGCUUGAAGAUACAAUUAAAUAAUCUGAAAAUAUCCUAAAACAGAUAAUUCAGUUAGAUGACAAACUUUUGAUUUAGUUAUCAAAAGUAUACUUUGAUAUUUUUGUGCUAUUUCUUUGGUAAUUAUUAGUGCAAUGUAAAUCUUACCAUAUACUGUACUGUAUGACUGCUUUAAGACUCCUUAUAGAUCUGAACAAUUAUUUUACAGUCCUUCUUGGUACCGAAACAAUGUCCCCACAAACUAAUAUCAAAUUGCUGCAAACAGCUAUUUGCAUGCCAGAAUAACUCCACAGUCUCCUACUUGUCUUUUUUCUAAGAAAGUACAGUUUGUGGAAGCUUAGAUGAGGAGCUCCUCCGUAACUUCUUUUGUAUGUUGAACAUUUUUAGUUGAAAGAUUUUUUUGCCUUCAAUCCCUGUGGCACUGAGAGAAAUAGUAAGCAUUUGCAAUCAGGGUUAUGGAAAGAGGAUAGGAAAGGACUUAGGGGAUAACACUUUGGACCUUUUGAAUGUCAGUGGUCAGUGGGUGAGGCUUACAGAGUCAAAGGUCACCACUGGACAGAAUUUUGAUGGAGCGGUUUAUAUACUCUCUAAUGAUGAUGAUUUUUGAAUUAAACUUUUAAGAUUUUCUUUCUUGAAAAAAUCUUAUUAUAAAACUCUGUCCUUGUUGUUUUAAGUUUCAUGUUACCAUAGCAUUAGUCGCUGUUAAAUCGUCUUUGAUUUGUUUCCUGUUUUGCAGGUUGCAGACGCUAUCCUUGGAAAUCAGAUGUUUACACACUACGAUCGUGCUCAUGUUGCACAGCUGUGUGAGAAGGCUGGUCUCCUGCAGAGGGCUCUGGAGCAUUAUACUGACUUGUAUGACAUAAAACGUGCCGUAGUGCACACACACCUUCUUAACCCCGAGGUAAAACCCUGGCUAAGCAACACCAAAAUGUUAACAGGAACAAAAGUUGAUCAAAUAUGUCUUUAAUCCUGUUCCUAACAUAGGCUCAUUAAAAAUGCAGUAAACUUGAAUCAUGGAUUCAUAUUUAAAUUAUGUAUUUGUUUUGACAAUGUUUUUUUUGUGUGUGUCUGCAGUGGUUGGUGAAUUUCUUUGGCUCCUUAUCAGUGGAGGACUCCCUCGAGUGUCUGAAAGCAAUGCUGUCUGCGAACAUUCGACAGAACCUUCAAAUAUGUGUUCAAGUUGCUUCCAAAUAUCAUGAGCAGCUUUCCACUCAGUCCCUCACUGAACUUUUCGAGUCUUUCAAGAGCUUUGAGGGUAACAUUGGUUGAUAAAUGUUGUAUUGUCUUCCCUAAUAUGUCCAUCUUGAGAGAACGUUUUAAAAAUGGGUUUCAGUCUUCUUCUGAUUUUCUUUUUCAUUUCUUUCAGGCUUGUUCUACUUUUUGGGGUCCAUUGUGAACUUUAGCCAAGAUCCAGAGGUUCACUUUAAAUAUAUACAGGCUGCCUGCAAGACAGGUCAAAUCAAAGAAGUGGAAAGAAUCUGUAGAGAGAGUAACUGCUACGACCCUGAACGUGUAAAGAACUUCUUAAAGGUAAACAAUGAACUACUGCAUGUCCAAGAAUAACAUUGAUAACACUGGGGAAUUUAGAAAAGGCCACAGGGGCUACUGCCAGGAUGUGAACACUAUGAUGAGAUUCUUAAAAGAUUUCAAAUAAUUAAUAGUUUUAAUGCUACAUUAUAUACAAGGAGCUCACCUACAACAAACAUUCCUUUUUCAAGUAUGCAAAUUUUUCCCAUAAAUUUUUCAAUUUACAUAGCAAAAAAUAGAGAGAGAAAAAUAACUGCACACCGCUCCCGAACAAACCACACUUUGUGACAUAAUUUGUCCUACGUCUCUUCACGCUGUAGGGUUAGUAGGGAAUCGAAAUUGGUCCUUAAGAGGAAUAAAAAAAAAUUCACAGUAUAACAUGUCUUGGUGUGUAGUACUAAUUUUUUUGUCUGUAUUUUGUCUCUGUAUCUUUUCUUUAUAGGAAGCCAAGCUCACAGACCAGCUGCCUUUGAUCAUUGUGUGUGACCGCUUUGAUUUUGUCCAUGAUCUGGUCCUUUAUCUUUACCGCAACAGCCUGCAAAAAUACAUUGAGAUCUACGUGCAGAAGGUACACUUUUACCCCGUAAAUAGAUGGCAGUAGUGUUUAAAAUUAAAGAAAUAAAAUAGAGUAUAAAUUUGAUUCUAGCUGCAUGUUUACCUUUCUCUUAAUUUACUGUAAGUAAAAUCAAGUAUCAUGAUUAAAUCCAAACUGUAUCUUUUAUCACGCUGCCUCUUUUUCUUGUUUCAUAUAAACAAUCAGCCACAGCAUCAUGAUCACUGACAGAUGAAGGGAUUGACAUGAAUUGACUAAUUGAUUAUUUAAUUGGCACUUGUCUGUGAUUGCGGUUUGUUUUUCUUCAGCAACAAGGUCAUGGGCAGCUAAGGCUCUUUGUUAUGUUUGGGGAACAAAGGCUGGACCUCAUGGUCUAAUCUCAUUCAGCCUCUUGAGCUCUAAUUAGUGAAAAUGUUAAUUCUUUCAUGGUGUCAAAACACGCAUGCAUUACAUUAAGUUGCAUAUGAAGCUGGAUAGCAGUGGACUGGCCGGGGAGCUCAUGUUCACUGGACACAGCCAUGGCUACAAUGAGCAUGUGUGUAUCAGAACUCCAGUGUCUAGUCACUCUGCGUAACCUCAAGUCAGGACUUGUAUGGCACUGACCUGUCAAGGAGGGAACCAGCAUAUUAUCUGUCAAGUGGUCAUAAUGUUAUGGCUGAUGUCUCACUGCCAUGCUCCAUUGAAGUUACACUUGUGUUUUCAUUUGUCCGUGGAAAUGAGAUAACCAAUGAACACUUAUUGUAGGUGAAUCCCAGCCGUCUGCCUGUAGUCAUUGGAGGGCUCCUGGAUGUUGAUUGUGCAGAGGAUGUAAUUAAAAAUCUGAUUAUGGUGGUUAGAGGGCAGUUCUCGACAGAUGAACUUGUGGCUGAAGUGGAGAAAAGAAAUCGGUACGAAGAGACUAUCUAUUUUGGCAGCAAUACAAUCCAAUCACUGAUUCACUUCUUUGAUUGACUUGUUUCGCAUUAAAACAAGUUUCACUUUACCUUUCCUAGUGUUAGUUGAUAUUUUUGUUUCAUUUUCUGCGCUAGAGGUCUGUUAAAUCCUGAUUGUAUAUCUAUCUCCAGACUGAAGCUGUUACUUCCUUGGUUGGAGGCCCGUAUUCAUGAAGGUUGUGAGGAGCCUGCUACACACAAUGCCCUGGCCAAGAUCUACAUUGACAGUAACAACAACCCUGAGCGCUUUCUGAGGGAGAACCCCUACUAUGAUAGCCGUGUGGUUGGCAAGUACUGUGAGAAGCGGGACCCGCACCUGGCCUGUGUGGCUUAUGAAAGAGGACAGUGUGACCAAGAACUAAUCCAUGUGAGUUUCAACGAAAAUCAUGUCGGUAACGAGGGCAAAAAAAAAAAAAAAAACAAGCCAGUAGGUUUUUAUCCAUUAUUUAGAUGCUUUGCUUCAUGACUGGUGAAUAUGUUUCAUGCACUGAUCCACACUAUGUUUAUUCAUGUUUCUUUUUGUUUUUUAAAUCACAGAAAUUCCUCACUCUAGACAUUUCAGAUCUAUAGAUUCCUCCCAUGCUAACUCUGCUUUAUACAUCUCAGGUGUGCAAUGAGAACUCACUGUUCAAGAGUCUCUCUCGCUACCUUGUGCGUCGCAAGAACCCUGAGCUGUGGGCAAGCGUGCUGCUGGAGACUAACAAUUACAGAAGGCCGCUCAUUGACCAGGUAAGAGUCCGUAAUAUCUGCUGUAUCAGGUUAUGCAACAUUAUCUGAUUCUUGAUGUAAAAAUGGGGAUCUUGUUCCACAUCAGCUGUGGUGUAUCAAGUCCAUUUUCCAUCUUGCUUACAGGUUGUCCAGACGGCGCUGUCUGAGACCCAGGAUCCAGAGGAAGUCUCCGUCACAGUCAAGGCCUUCAUGACUGCUGACCUUCCAAAUGAACUCAUUGAACUUCUGGAGAAGAUCGUCCUGGAUAACUCUGUCUUUAGUGAGCACAGGUGAGUGAGUUUGAGGUCCUCUAUUUCCGAAAUGUUUGUGAUUAUUUAACAAAAUGAUAAAUUUCAAAAUAUUACAGACAUUUGUAGGCAUCAGAUUUCCUGAGCCAUCUUUCAGUAUUUUCAGCAUCAGUCAGUUUUUCUGGCUUUUUAUCUGAAGCUCCAUGAACUAAUUAACAGAGUUAAUUAGUUCACACAAAAAAGUUCACUUCACACCAAUUAAAAUGAACUAAUUAAUGUCUAUAGUUCAUUUUUGAACAUUUAAGUUUGAUUUAAAUAAUGAACUAGUUCAUGUUUAUUUUUCAGAUACAAGUUCUCUUUUUCAGUAGAGCCAUAUAUGCUUUAAUCCCUAACACUUCAGCCAAUUCUCCAAAUAAAUGAAUCACUGUAUGCUUUUGUAGCACCACAGACAGAUACUCAGUUCAAAACCUCUGCUACCUGUAUUGUUUGUACUGUCAGCAGGAUUAGCUUAUGCUGAAUGCAUGGAGAGUUCCAUAGAUCCGAGUUCUUCUGCCGAGCUCUCUCAGAAUAUGAGCGGUCGUUCACUGCCCCAGGAGUGAACUACGCUCCCGUUCCCGUUCAUGCGAUCCAAACUGAGCGGUUCUGUUCACCGUUCAUUUAAUGAACAUGUUCAUUUCACUCAUUCACAGUACACAACACUGACUAUAGUGAUAUCUAAGAAUGUUCAGUAAUUAAUUUACUUGGUUUUAACUAAGACUUUCCUUUGUUGUUUAUUCUAGAAACCUCCAGAAUCUGCUUAUCCUAACAGCUAUUAAAGCUGAUAGGACACGUGUUAUGGAGUACAUCAGCCGCUUAGACAACUACGACGCCCCGGACAUUGCGAACAUCGCCAUCAGCAAUGAACUGUUUGAAGAGGCAUUUGCGAUUUUUCGGAAAUUUGAUGUUAACACCUCCGCUGUACAGGUCAGCCGAUUGUACUUGAACUAAACCUGAAAUCUGUUAUACCAAGCAUGCUAUGGAAUCACGUCUAUAACCUAAACCCUGACUACAAUGCAUACCAUGACUAUUGUGCUUUACAAACCAUGAUCUGCUUAUUGUUUGAUUUCAUCCAGGUAUUGAUUGAGCACAUUGGUAAUCUGGAUAGAGCGUAUGAGUUUGCAGAGCGCUGUAAUGAGCCACCAGUGUGGAGUCAGCUGGCAAAGGCCCAGCUCCAAAGGGGCAUGGUGAAGGAAGCCAUUGACUCUUAUAUCAAGGCUGAUGACCCUUCUGCUUACAUAGAGGUGGGACAAGCAGCUGCCCAAGGAGGUAAGAUAGACUCAUUUCUUUUUUGCUUGCUGUGGUUUUCGCAUAUGUUAUCUGCCUUGUUACUCGUUUUAUUAAUUUAAAACAAAAACUCUCCUUUUGGUAAUAUACAGUCAGUUCUUAAAGUUGUUUGUUGUGUGCAGGAAACUGGGAGGACCUUGUGAAGUUUUUGCAGAUGGCCCGUAAAAAGGCCCGUGAGUCUUAUGUUGAAACAGAGUUGAUCUUUGCUCUGGCCAAGACCAACCGCCUGGCUGAACUGGAAGAGUUCAUCAAUGGACCCAAUAACGCUCACAUUCAGCAAGUAUGUCCUGGGAACUGCACAGCACAUACUUAUCUAAGCUGCUCGGUUUAUUUUCUCUAAGUAAGUCCUUAAUUAUCUCAGCCGUUUACUGUUUCUCUACAUCCUGUCUGUCUUUUUUCAGGUGGGUGAUCGUUGUUACGAUGAUAAGAUGUACGAGGCGGCAAAACUGCUUUACAAUAAUGUGUCGAACUUUGGCCGUCUGGCCUCCACUCUGGUGCAUCUGGGAGAAUACCAGGCAGCUGUGGAUGGAGCUCGCAAGGCCAACAGCACCCGAACCUGGAAAGAGGUUAGAAACGAGUAGAUGGUUUUAUACGUCUUCUGUUUUCAAAUGGUUUUGUAAGAGCAAUUCUAAAUAGUAUCGUUAGGUACACACAUUGCAAAGUGCCACUUGUGUCACUUGGCGUGUGCUCAUGGUUUACAAUAUGCACUGUUUUCUGUACAUACUGUAUAUACAACCACAAUUAAAAAAGAAACUAAAACUAAAAAAUCACACAUGCUCCAAACAGGGAAUAAAGGAUAUAAACAAAAUUAUUAUUUUUUAAUUAUUGAUAUUGGUGAUCGUGAGCUCAGCGUGUCCUCAAUAAGAGAUAGAAGGGUGACCAUCCGUUGUGAAAGUACCGUACCUAAGUUUGUCCUUUCUUAAAUGAAGUGUGAGUAGAGCUCUAUGAGGAGUAUGAGUACAGUUAGCCACAUUCACUUUAUUUACGAGUUAUAUUUCCUUAAAAGUGUUGAAAAUCAGAUUUUAAUAUCUGAGUGUCUUCUUCUAUCCUUUUCAGGUCCAGACACCUGCGUUUAACUUUCACAUGAUUUUUCUCUCUUCAGGUGUGUUUUGCGUGUGUGGAUGGGAAAGAAUUCCGACUUGCCCAAAUGUGUGGCCUGCAUAUUGUCGUCCACGCAGAUGAACUGGAGGAACUCAUAAAUUACUACCAGGUAACUGGGGUGGUUAGGGGAAACAUGCCCUUAGUUCACAGUGAGCAAAGAUCUUCCCCAUUGAUUUAAUAUGAUUAUAAAACAAGACUAGUAAUUUCAAUGUGUCGUAAGAUCGAUCUCAAUAAGUCUGUGUUUCCCAGGACCGUGGUUACUUUGAAGAGCUGAUCACGAUGUUAGAAGCCGCCCUCGGUCUGGAGCGUGCCCACAUGGGUAUGUUUACUGAGCUGGCCAUCCUCUACUCAAAAUUCAAACCUCAGAAGAUGAGGGAGCACCUAGAGCUCUUUUGGUCCCGUGUCAACAUCCCAAAGGUAGGCAACCUCUUCACGACACAUCCCAUGGUUGAACACUUCUAUUACUCUUGGAAGUAAAUGUUGGAUUUCUCUGCUUCAAUGACCACUUGAAAUAUAAAGUGACGACUUACUCUGUGUGUAUGCAUCAGGUGCUUAGGGCAGCAGAGCAGGCCCACCUCUGGGCGGAGCUUGUGUUUCUCUAUGACAAGUAUGAGGAAUAUGACAAUGCCAUCAUCACCAUGAUGAGCCAUCCGUCUGAUGCUUGGAAGGAGGGCCAGUUCAAGGACAUUGUUACCAAGGUAAAAAGAUUGAAGUUGAUUAUUGGUACUUUUUGUCAUUCUGGUGACUAGAUGGUAGUAAAAUCACUGUUAAGUUUACUGUGUUCUUCUUUUAGGUUGCCAAUGUUGAGUUGUACUACAAAGCAGUCCAGUUUUAUCUAGAGUUCAAACCAAUGCUUCUGAACGACCUGCUCAUCGUCCUCUCCCCAAGGCUGGAUCACACACGUGCUGUUAACUUCUUCAGCAAGGUAACCCUUUAUCAGAUAGUGUGCUCGAAUUUGAUAUCAAAAUAUUAAGUAUUCAACCAGGAUUACUGCACCCUAUAUGAAAGUAAGCAGCCUGUGUUCAAUUCCAGCCAGCAACCCUUUUUCCCAUAUGAUACUCUCUGCGCUCUUUCUUCAUCUCCUGAUAUUUUAACAAGUUAGAGAAAAUUUCAAUUGUCAACAUUGAUCGUUCAUUGAUACAGGCACACUACCCAUGACCAAUUCACCUAGACAAGAGCUUUACUCUGUUGCUGGCCACUUGUUCAGAAAUUAAGAGUUUUUUUCUCAAUUGAACCAAAUAGAGUUUGUUGCUGUUGAUGGUGUAGUACAGGUGCAGCUCAUGCCAGAGUCUUGUUUGAUGAUCUCAAGUCAAAGUGAAAUUCAUUAAAAGCAAGACAAUGGCCCUAUAACAGAUUUAAUGAAUUAAUUACUGUUAAUUUGGAUUACCAUUGUCCUUGUUAUGGUAAACAAAGAUGAACAGUGAUGACUUCUGUUUUCUAUUAUUUAUUUUUUUUGUAGGUGAAACAGCUUCCCCUGGUAAAGCCCUACUUAAGGUCGGUCCAGAAUCACAACAACAAGUCCGUGAAUGAGGCCCUCAACAUCCUCUUCAUCAAUGAGGAAGAUUACACUGUAUGAUAUUUAAUUAUUACUCAUUUUUAAUCAGAUCUUUUAGCUAUUUUAAUGUAUUUGUGUUGAUAAAAGGCAGGGAAAUAAAACCCAAACUAUUGUCAAACUACAAGCUAAUUUGAGUGCCGUGUAUUUGCCGAGUCUCCUCUUCAGCCCUGCCUUAAACCUCCUCUCAAUCUCAUCCAGGCACUCCGCACUUCUAUCGAUGCCUAUGACAAUUUCGACAACAUCUCAUUGGCCCAGGGCCUGGAGAAGCAUGAACUGAUUGAGUUUAGGAGGAUUGCUGCCUAUCUCUUCAAGGGAAACAACCGCUGGAAACAAAGUGUGGAGCUAUGCAAGAAGGACAAGCUUUAUAAGGUGCUUAUUAGUGUCUGAUUAUUACAUGUCUGUGUUUAGUGCUUAAUUCUGAUUUGUCAUUUUAAAGCAAGAUUUCAUGGCAACAGUCUGUUAUUGUUGGAAAACCACAAAAGACAGAAAUAGCAGAGAAAAGGCAUCGUAACACAAGUGAAGAUAGCCAAUGAAGUUAAUAUUUAUGGAACACAAUAUUUGCUGUUGUUAGAGGACUAAUAAACAGGAAGUAAAGAUAAGGCUGAAUAACUCUUUUUUUACAUCCUAAAAAACUUAAUGUUUGAAUGCAAAAUGGGAGAUUCCACAACUGUGCCGUCAGAAAAGUAACACAGUUGGAAAUGUACAUUUGUUCCUUCAGGAUGCCAUGCAGUAUGCAUCAGAGUCCAAAGACAUCGAGCUGGCAGAGGAGCUCCUGGCUUGGUUUCUGGGGGAGGACAAAAAGGAGUGUUUUGCAGCCUGCCUUUUUACCUGCUACGACUUACUACGGCCUGAUGUGGUGCUGGAGACCGCGUGGCGACACAACAUCAUGGAUUUCUCUAUGCCAUAUUUCAUCCAGGUCAUGCGGGAGUACCUCUCUAAGGUAGGUUGGCAAGAGGUAACCAGUCAGUUGGGUAGUUGUCCAACAUGUUGAAUUUGCUUCUCUUGUUGGGUGUUAAUACUUAACAAGGGAGUAUUUAAAAACCUAUACCCAGACUGAGUCAAAGAUAACAGUCCCAAAUAUGUACCAUUCCUUCGUCUGUUCCUGUUCAUUUUCCUGGUUAAGUAUUAUUUCUUGUAUUUCUCUUCAUUUGGGUUUCCAUUCAUUUAAGCUUCCUUUCCAUACAAAUGUGUGAAAGAGGAGAUCACAAGUGCUUUAUUGCUCAAUAUGCAAAUGUUCUAUGUUAGAUGGCAAAGAAUACAGCCCACCAAUUGCUUUCAUAAGAGGCAGUAUACAAGUAUUUGUCAAAUGUACAAAAGUGAAGAAAAAGUUGAAACUGGGAUACACCAAUAAAAUCACAAUAAAUUACUUUAAAUUACUUUGAAUGCUGGGACACUGCCUGUACUGUCUGUAAAUGAGAAUGCAGGUGUCCAUAUCAGCCAGUCGAGCCAGACAUCAAAUGCCCUUAAUACUGAAACCACUGUAGAGCGAAGAUUGUAUCAUUUGUAGUUCAGCUUAUGUGGGAACGGAGCAGUAAUUGUCAGGAACGUUAAGAACAAGCAAGACAUUGUUGCUGACAUUGUCAUCAUUGCUACUUCAUGCUUUUUUUUCAAAUUUCUUUUCCCCUUUACUCUUUUGUUGACAGUGAAUCAGGCAGAGUAUUUCAUAUUAGACCUAAAUGGUGUUAAAUAGAAAAAGAUGUUAAAACUCACCAUAGGCUCUUUUAUCAAACAUACAGAUGGUUUAUUUAUCAUAAGUGGUGCAAGAAUCAAGGGGAGGAUUCACAAAACCUGUGAUCUCAAACCUGCAUUUGUAUAAAAGGUGGCUUUAUUACCAGCAGCCCCUCUGUGGGUUUUUCUUUGUUUGUAUUUUAUUUUCUUUUUUGUUUUUGUGUCUGUUUACUCUCAAUCUUUAUACUGUGGGAGACUUCUGUCUCCUUUUUCCCCUUUAAGUUGCCUCUCUGAAUCUCCUUUCCAGGUUGAUGCCAUAAAGGAAAAGGUGAUAAUUAAAUCAGUUUUUAAUCAUACUUUAUGUCCCCUCUCCCUCAUCAUGUAGCUUGUAGUUACAAGGAGUCAAAUUAAAACUGCAUGAACCCCCUCCCUGAUGUCACUCUGCUUCGUUUAAUUUUAAACCUCACCUCCCCACUAAGCUGCCAUUCAACCUAGGAGACAACAGAGAGAGGCUUGUUUGAGCCCGAUUUGUAACAAUGACCCAGAAUUUAAUUUAAAAAAUGUAAUAAAACCCAAAAUAUAAUAAGUGGUCGAUAAUGUAACAAGAUGCCCAGUCCAAACAGUAAUUUUAGGCCCAAAAUGUAGCAAGUAGUUACAUUUUGGGUCAGUUAUUACAUUUCGGGGUUUAUUUUGAUAACAUUUCAGGUCAUUGUUACAUUUUGGGUCAUUGUUAUAUAUCGGGCUCUAACAAGGCUCAUAAUACCCGUCCCUCAGAGUUCUGCUGAGUAGGUGAAGCUCUGGAUCAGCCAAGUUUAAUGCCUGACUAAUAAACUAGUAAACUUAUGUUUUAUUAAUUAUAACCAAUAACCUAUUCUUCUUCUGCGGAUUAGUUCUGGCUAAUCAGCACAGUCCUCUUUAGCUGUGAGCCUAACUGAAACGAGCCAGUAUCUGUUCUCAGUAUUUUUAUCAGAAAGCGUUCAAUGUAGAUGGCCAACCAUCAUCGCAGUAGGUAAAGGUAACAUCAUGAAAUUUUGAUGGACUAUCACUGACUUUUCUUGUUUUAAACCUGGCUAAAAUGGGUGAAUAAAUCUGAGCAAAACAAAACAAUUCAAAACACUCAUCAUCUCAUAUUUUAUGAUUUGCAGAAACAGCUGCCCAUGGCUUUCACUGAAAGCAGCGAGAUUGAACCAAAAUAUUCAGUUACAGACAAGAAAACCAAAACAAUGAUGUAAACAAUGCAAAGAAGUCCCACAGAAGAGGGGGGGGGCUUCAGUGUUAGAUGUUUGUUUUGUUUAUUUUUACUUCUUCAACUUGAAUCUGUCUGUCUAUCUAUCUAUCUAUCUAUCUAUCUAUCUAUCUAUCUAUCUAUCUAUCUAUCUAUCUAUCUAUCUAUCUAUCUAUCUAUCUAUCUAUCUAUCUAUCUAUCUAUCUAUCUAUCUAUCUAUCUAUCUAUCUAUCUAUCUAUCUAUCUGAGCAACUGUAUGACUAGUCUUCGUCAAACUCUUCUCUUUGAGCGAUCCACCUACAGCAUGCCCACCAGCCCUUUAUUUGUGAAAGUACAGAGCACUUUGCUUAAUAAAUACGUCAUCUGCUGUGGUCUUUUCUCACAGACCCUGAGUUAAAUUUUAAUGGUGAACUAUUAUUCUUCUACUCAGCUCUAGUGUUAUGCUAGACAUCAUACUGCUAUGGCUCUGGACAUUAUGAGGAAGCACGUGUUAUCAUUCCUAAGAGUUCAAUAGGACAAUUCACUUGUUUUUUUUUAUGAUGAGUGCAGUGAAAUCGUUUUAUACAUAAGACAGAAUUGUAUUAUUUUUAUGCAUUUUAUUUGUUCCAAAUUUAUUUGAAGAACAUAAAUUAAAAUUGUCAGUAAAUGUCAGUAAAAUGAGGUACAGGUACAGUGUGUCAGAAGGGGAAGGUUUUUCUGCAGUAAACAAGGAUUAGUCACAACAUUAAAGUCAUUUCAUAUUCAUAAUGCUGAUGGAGGCAGGAAAUCUAAGUACAAGAAUCCAUGAUUGCUUUUUCAGACAUGGUUUCAACAUUAAAACAAGCGUUGUAAGGUUUUAAUCUUUGUCUUCAUGUUCUUUACAUCUCAAUCCUCAGGCCAACUCAUAAUUUACAAGACUUGUUCUUAAAAAGAUAGAAAUAUUGAUUGGUUGGUUGGUCGGUUGAUGUAUUCAUUUGAUUGAUCAAUUGAUUCACACGAAAAUGCACAAUAAGCAUUUACAGUACCACUCCUCCCCCUGUAACAUUAGAGGCACCCAGGCCCAGCUUUAACAUUUCAUUGUUUGUUGUGCCUGCCUUUGGAAACCCUUAACUGGCUGUGCAUUCCCUCUAUCACGUUGCCUUCACCUCGCUUUUUGGUUUUCAAACUUUAUCUUCCAUUACACUGCAAGAGAAAAUACCCAAACUUGCUGCUUUAGCAUGUCUCUAAAUCCCUUCUCCUUCGGGGAAAAAAAAUAGCCUCUCUUUUAAAGACAGCCUAGCUAAGUAGACUGUCUGUUGAAAAAAAUCAGAGUAUGUAGAGAACUGAUCAUACACAUUGUUACUUAACAGUCUGUCUGAUAAAAGCAGUGAAAUUGAGUUUUUUAAAAAGAAAAUAAAACAAUGGGCAUUUUGCCACUGUACCCAUUGGCAACACUAAACUUAUACUUCAUGUGUCACUACUUUGUUGAAAGUGGAGAGUAAUGCAUCGCUAUGAAUAAAAGCUCAAAUGUUAAGAAGCAGUCAUAGCCAUUCAAAUCCAAACUGAUAAAUACCAAUUGGUGGAUUAGACCACAUUAUAUCCAAUCCAUGAAGGUCACAUUGUAAUCAAUUACUGCCCAACAUUGUGUUAGCAAUAUCUACUCAAAGUUUCUUAGAUCUUGGUUCAACGAAAAUAUUUUUAACUGACUCAGGGGAAGUAAUCAUUCAUCUUAUUUAAUUUUUCAAAAACUAAGUAGGCAACUGAAUAUUUUUUAAAAUUUUCUUGAUGUUGGUUUAUUUGCUUGUUACCAGAGAUUUUUUCAUAACAGCAAUUUUUCAUUUUUAUUUGCAAUUAAUUUUAACAUAAUCAGCAUGAUAUAGUACUAUUGAAAUCAGGGUUCUCUAGUUUGAUUGUCAGUUGCUGGUUGCCUACAGAUGUAAUACAGCCACUGAAAAAAGUUUGAAUAAUAAAGCAGGUUAAGAUUGUUUAACUUUUUGAGCUCGGUAAGAUUUAAUCUUGUAACAAUAGGAGAAAUAAUAAUCAUAAAAAUAAAGUUCUUUUUGGCAAUUUAAUUAUAUACUAGUUACUUUUUAUACCUAUAAUCUAAACAAGGUCAGUGAAAAUUAUUAAUGAAAAUUUCCUUGGGGGAAAAAAAAUUGGGUUGGUCUCGGCGACUCGGCCAUGCAGUUUCAGCGUGUCCCACGAACUGAGGCUAUAGUCCUCUUUCCAGUGGUCCUUGAUUUGAUUCCUGGCCAUGACAUUUCUUGCAUUUCAUCUUCCACUUUCUAUUCUCCCCACAAUCACUCUGUUUUCAGCUGGCCUCUCAAAAAGGCAAAAUGUUCAAAAUAAAUACAUAUAAGAAGAAGUGGAAAACAAGAAAGUGCAACAUGGGACAUGUGUAAAUUUGCUUGUUUGCUCAGUGCAUUUGCAGAGCCUGGUUUUCACAAUCAGGCAUUUACCUUUCUUUACAUCAUUUAAUGUAAUGUUUAAGGUUACAUCUUAAACAUAUAAUUACCACUUCAAAAACUUUAAAUUCUAAAUUAUGUCAAGUUUUAUUAUACUUUUCUAUCUAUAAACUUCUAUGCAAAAAUGUAGAUUAGAUUUGUUAUUCUACUAACAUUAAACUAGGUCAAAAAUGUAAAUUUGUGUCUUUGAAUAAGCAAAGAGUUUGUUCUCUGCAUACUCAGCAUUUACAACAGAACACAGAAGUGGAUAUGGGUGGCUGGAUGGUGGGACCAUUAUUGCCAACUUCACGUUUGUCCUGUUCUUCCCUCCCUAUCUCUACUUUUUAAUCACAAAAAUGUAGUAACUGUCCUAACCAUGCUUGAUUAGAGUAGCCAUUUGGUUCCCAGUUGCGGUUGUUCUUUUCCAACACAUUAGCAAACCUGCCUCCUGUAGUCUGUUUUAUUUAAAUCUGGACUGCAUUCAUCUUCACCUGACAGGAAUGGUCCCAUCCGUCAGCCAGUGAAAUAACCCAGAGGUCAGUUUGGCAAAAGUAGGCAUCUUAGCCCUUGGUCUUCAGGGGCCCAACAUGCUUUAGCCAGAGUCUGACUGUGCCGAUUGGGAUGUGUUUUUCACAGGUUGACAAGCUUGAGGCCUCCGAGUCCCUGAGGAAACAGGAGGAGCAGGCAACCGAGUCUCAACCCAUUGUCUACGGUAAAAACACUACUGCAGAUAAUGAUUGAAUAGCUGUAUUACAGUGUUAUUUGUGGCUAUAGAGUGGUGUUUUGAUUGAGGUUUGUUUGUGGCUCCUCAGACUGUUGUGUAUUGCUAUCGUGCGGUCGUUUCUAAAGUUGGUAUAACUAGAGAAGCAAGCGGUCAGCAACAUUCAUCUCUCGAUGAGGUGUCUAACUUAGUGUUACGGUGUGUUUGACCCUAAAUUAAUUUUACUCCGGAAUAUCCCUUUAACACAAACUCCUGACUAUUUGUUGAUACAUUUCAGACAUUCUGGCCCUCUUAUUAUUGAUAAAAUCUCACAGAGAGGGAUCAUCUGUAUCAGACACCAAACUUGAAAUCCUAGUAUUUCGAUUUAGAUACAGGAAGGGCAGCUGAGGGGUCAGGAGUCGUCAGUAAUGGUGACUGCCUCUGAGUUAAUAUCACUACAACAUGUAUGAGGACAUGACCAUAACACAAAAACAACAAUGAAAUACAAUAUGCUGACAACUGAGGGAAGUAUAUAGCAUCGAGCUGCUCACUUGGCUUAGGCAGAUUGUCUUCAUCCCAAUCUAUUUAUCUGUUUUAACCGCUUUUACAAGACAGCCUCCCUGGGCUGGCAGGAUAAAGCUUGGAUAAACUCAGGGUUAACAAUUAGGUCCACCUAAGUGAUUUCAAGAAAUUUUCAGGAGUUCAAUGCAUGUGCAAAAGGAGCUCUAGUGAACAACAACAGUCAUACUCUGUAUACUACUUACUCUGAUGCUUCUUUUGUGCAGGGACGCCCCAACUCAUGCUCACAGCAGGGCCCAACAUGGCAGUGCCCCCUCAGCAGGCUUAUGGUUACGGCUAUACAGCACCAGCUUAUGGUCAGCCACAGCAGCCCGGCUUUGGCUACGGCAUGUGAACACCCACAACUCCAUCUCCAGCCCCUCAAGCUCCAGCCUUCCUCCACUCCUCAUGUAUAAAGGCUGUAGUCCUUUGCAUCUUAACCAUUGCUCUUUCUCCAUUUGGGUAACUCACCAGCUUCCCACGGUCUUCUGCUCUCAAGAGCUUCAAGCAGGCAACUACGUACUUUGGUUUUAUGUAUUUUUUAAUUUUUAUUUUGUUCUUUUACAAACUUUAAAAUGCAUUGACGGACUUUAAUUAGCAUUGUUUGAAAGACAAAAAUCACAUUCCAUAUUUAUUAUAUAUUUACAAUUGUUUGUCUUUUUUAAAAUUGGUUUAUGCUUCAUGCUGAAGUCAGCUUGCUCAAGCUCGGCAAUUAACCUUUGAAGUAGGAGAGACAGCAAUGGAUUUUGCACUAAAGAAGACAGUAUUGUAGAGAUGCAGCUCUCUAAUGUACUGAAUAUGUGAACAGCAUACACAUUGUCUCAUUUGUCUGUAUAAUGCAUUUUACCAUUGUAUAUUCUGAGUAAAAGAUAGUAUUACAUAUAUUUCGACAAAGUAUAUUGCCAUUUUAAUGGCUAUAGCAAGCAACACCAUGUAAUGAUCGUAUAAUCUGCACAGGUGUGUAGCUUUAUGGAGUUUAAAAUGUGUGUUACUGUGUGAAUGAGGGUAUGUUUGUGUGUAAGUGGGGGUGUGACUUGAUGGUCUAAAUGGGCAUUUAACUUCAUCUCAGCCUGUUCUGGGCCACCCUUAUCCAUCCUUUUAGAUGUUAGCUCUCCAUCAGAUCCAUGUAUUGAGGUGACCUCUUGUGCUGUGUACAGUGUUUAUGUGUGAUUGUAUAUGUGUAUGUGCAAGGACAGGACAACGGCUACCACACCCAAGGGCCCUUAACUCUUUAACUGUAUUGUAUGUGUGUGUAUUUAAUCGGAACCCUACUCGUGCUGAGGCCUACGUAUGCCAGGUGUUGUGUUUUUUGUUUAUUUUGGUCACCGUUUCUUUUUUUGUGUGUACAGAUGUGAAAAUGACAAAGUUCAAACUUUUAGAACGGGACCCCACCUUUCUGUCCUAUUUCCUCUCUUGUUAAGCAUUUCGAGUGUAUCAAACAAGGAUAGGGAAGAAUACAGGCAGAUGGAACCUUUGGUGUCUAAUGUAAGUUUAAUUAGAUCCAGAAGCACUCCUAUAUGUUACAUGUUUAGAUGGUUAAGAUGAAUAAAUUAUGUCUAAGUAUACAUAGUUCUUUGUCAAGAAUGAUCCUAAAUAAUAGACUGUAUUUAUCUUGAUGUUCUUAACUUCCCUACAUGCUCUCAAGUGUAUGUAAAGUGUCAUCCUAACCCUAAGUUGAAUUCCUUUUGCCAUGCAUAUUAGUGAUAAGUGGGGACCUGGUCACUAAUAAGUGGAAAUAUAUAAAUUGACUGAAAGGGAAAUACUAGACUGAAUAAAAAUGUAAAAUUGUAU